AUGGCACCGAAAAAGGUAGCUUACGCCGCCGUUUCCAAUAAUGAUGUUAACUGUUUAAAUAAAACUAUUGAGGAUAUGAGGUACCAACUAGCUUCCAUUACUGAGAAAUAUGAAAAACAACAAGAUCUAAUUAUGCAUUUAACUAGAUCUAUUGAAAUACUUACAAAGGUCAACGAAGAACUUAAGAAUGAUAUUAAUAAUUUGAAAGCUUCGUCUUUGGGCAACUUCGAGCAUUCAAAAAUUGAAACUGAACAAGUAUUGGAAACCAUUGAAGAAUAUUUUGAAAAGAAGGAAAAAGAGCUAUGUCUAGUUGGCAUAAACAUUCCAGAGAAAUCUACGGAUGAUGAAUCUACUGCCGAUAGGCUUUUAGCAGAAAACAUUGUAGUUGCCGCUGGGUUCAAGACUGAAUUCAUUAAGGAGGUCCGUCGUCAUGGAAGGAAGGGGACAGGCAGGCCACGAGUACUUAAAAUUCGUCUAGAAGAUAAGCAUAUGGCCAUGUCUGUUUUGCGUAAAAAGAUGUGCACUCGAUCGUUCCCCCUGGAAGUUUUUUGCGAAAAGAUCUGA